UGACAAGUCAGUGCCUGAACGGCAAGUAGAUCUCUUCUUGAACAAUGCCAGCGGCACAGGCCGAGCAUCACAAAAGUCUUGGCAACAAGUACUUCGCCGAACAUGACUAUAGAAAUGCAAUUCAAGAGUACUCGACGGCGAUCGAUUCUACGCAAGUCGCUUACUUCACCAAUCGUGCCCUAUGCUACUCUAAACUCGAGCGGUAUUCCGAAGCCAUUCAGGAUUGUAGAAAGGCGAUCGAACUCGACAGUCAUACUGUCAAGGGCCACUACCUCUUGGGCAAUGCUUUGAUUGAAAAGAAAAUGUUCACCGAAGCAUUAUCAAGUCUUAAGAAAGCCUACACGCUUGCCAUGGAGCAAAGAGUGAAAUAUGUCGGUGAUAUUUUACAGGCUCUUUUAAUAGCCAGGAAGAAGAAAUGGGAUGAGAAUGAAGUAGCACGUAUUGAGCGAGAGUCUGAAGUUUUCAAAUAUGUUAAAGGCUUAGUAGAGAAAGAGCGAAAAGAGCUUCUUGAAGAAGCUGGGAACGACGAGGAAAAGGUUGACGACGUAAACUUCAUUCAGGAUGAGCGAUUGACCAGAAUACAGAAGGUCUUUGAGCAAUCCAAGGAAAAUGUGAUGCGACGAGAAAUACCAGAUGCAUACUUGGAUAAGAUUUCAUUUAACAUUAUGCACGACCCAUGCUUUACACCAGACGGAAUUACCUAUGAACGACACUCCAUUGAGACUCAUUUUGAAAAAAUUGGAGAGUUCGAUCCGCUGACUCGCAGACCUUGUACAAGGAAAGACUUGAUACCAAAUUUGUCUCUAAGAGAAGCAAUUGAGGAUUUCUUGGCAGAGAACGGAUGGGCAGCAGAUUACUGAUACUUGCAUCAGCUUCCACCAUAAUGUUUUUGUUUUUUCUAUGAUACAUCCCCCCCCAUAGAUAUUUGUAUUCCAUACUUUCGAUAAGAGGUCGUUUUCCAUCACUACCCCGCGCUGUUGUCUCCUAUUGUAAAAUCACCUUUUUCGGUUGCCAAAAUUGUAUACAAUAGUAUUCCUUCCUAAUGAAUCUAACCGCUACCAAUAAAAUCCAAAAUAUCUUAUUACGCUUUUGACAUA